CUCCGGGCUGCUUGUUCAUUGUACUGAGUCAGCGGCCAUACGCAAAUGGAUCCAGAGGAGGGCUGUGCUGUGUAGGCUGCACUCUACAUAAGCUCUCAACCUGCGGGACUGCGCGCACAUACUGCCGACUGGAGAUCGCAGGUAGCAUCUGGGGGCUUGACUUACACAUCAGAGGCUCUGAUUUGUGCUUAUUUUCACAAGGACAAGCUUAAAUCCAGGAUUGUCUGACGAGAUCUUUCAUACAUCCUCCGUUCCUGAUCUGCCCAUCGGGUGCAUAGAGCAGUACAAUGCGGCGGCUGUGCUGUUGACUAAUUGGACACCCCCUCCACCUUUUUUUCUUCUUUUAUUUUGCUUUUUUUUUGCCGGUUCUUACUCAAGGAGGCACAUUUCCAAAUCAAUGAUGAAGCUCAAACCAAACCAGACCAGGACAUACGAUGGCGACGGUUUCAAGAAGAGAGCGGCUUGUCUGUGUUUCAAGAAUGAACGCGAAGAAGAGGUUCUGCUGGUCAGCAGCAGUCGGCAUCCAGACCAGUGGAUCGUCCCCGGAGGAGGGAUGGAGCCAGAGGAGGAGCCAUGUGGCGCAGCAGUGCGAGAAGUGUUUGAGGAGGCCGGUGUGAAGGGCAAACUAGGACGCUUGCUUGGUGUAUUUGAGCAAAACCAAGAUCGUAAGCACCGAACGUACGUGUACGUGUUGACUGUGACGGAAACCCUCGAGGACUGGGAAGACUCUGUCAACAUAGGUCGUAAGCGGGAGUGGUUCACCGUGGAAGAAGCCAUCAAAGUGCUGCAGAGCCACAAACCCGUUCACGCCGAGUACCUGCGGAGGCUCCAGCUCAGCUGCUCUCCCACCAAUGGAAACUCCAUCCUCCCGAGCCCCUCAUCAAACGACAACUACCCCCAUUACAGCGCUACACCCACCACACCCUCGACGGGCAGCGUGCUGGGCUCCUCCUGCAGAUAGGACUGCAACUCAACCUCCUGUCCUGUCUAGCUGAGACAGUUCACCUAAAGUCUGUACAGUCUCGUGCAUGAAUCUAAAGACUUUUUCAGAGUUGUGGCUCUUCUUGUAUGUAUAGUUUCUAAUCUUAGCUGCAGGACAGACCAAAGCCAUUGCCAGAGCCGUGUUAAAGACUGAGCAGGAGAAGCUGGGAACACUCUGGCAGAGAAACUGUGAUUGUGGCUAAAUCGAACACUUUUCUUUUGCUGGCAAACGUCAGAAUGAGGAGCUGAAGUUUGGGACGAAGAAGCUGCAGACUCUGCUGGUACGAGUGACCUCGUGAAGGAAUGCCUUACAGAAACUUUGUAUGAAUGUGGUAUUGGGGUUGUUUUGUUUCACUGAUGGUCCUUUUUGUCGUUUUAUUUGAACGAAUAUGCUGCGUGAAUUCUAAUAAAGCGUAGUCGACAGUGUUAAUUGGUAAGAGACGGACACGUUGCAUUUUAAUGUAAAAGCGUGAUUUCCUUUCCACCAUGUUAACCAUUAACUAAUGACAAAAUACAGUUAAUUGAUCUAAAUUAGUAUUUUCACUUAAACUUGGAUGUUGGUGUUAACAAAUGCAGCUGGAGUGAAGGUACUGGAGUAUUUCAGUUAACCAUUAACCUGUAAAACAAAACAAAAAAAAAAAGUUUCUACCUCAGUGAGCCUAAACUGGAUAUGAUGAUCGCCAUGGUCAUGUCACAGAAUGAUAGCACUGCUGUGUUUAUAGUUAAACAUGAGCCAGUGUCUGCGAAGUUGAGUGUCAGCCAACCUUGACUGAUCAAACACUGCUCUGAUGUCAGUUUAUGACCACAUACCCUUUUAUCAGUGCUCAGUGUUUCCCCACUGAAAAGUAUUCAGAAGUGCAAAUUACGACCUUGCUGGGGUCGUGUGGCCGGGCUCAACUUGAGAUGCUUGGAGGGAGGGAAGUGCAUUGCUGUGAUUUAUGCUGAAUGAAAACAAUUGAAUGAUUGUCUGCUUUUCCUUUAACCAGCAGCAGUUUUCUCUCUCUUGUCUCGUGGUGCUGUUUGAAGAAUCUGUCCACUAAUUACAUUUCCACAUAAACUAUGAUUGCUUUGUCCUGUGUUUGCAUAGGGCUGCAAUUAAUGCAUCAAAUGACUUGACAAUGACUUUUUUUUUUUUCUGUUUUUUUUCCCUGUUGAUCUGUUAAUGUCUUGGUUUAUUCAAUGCUGCCGGGGGAGGGGGGAAUAUCUACUGGAUCAGUGAGUUAAGUGAUGCAAAGCAAAGGUAAAAUGAUCCAGUGACAGUUUGAUUCAAAGAAAGAAACAGUGCAUUUUUAAUCUUUGAUAAUUCUUACCAUUUCCAACACAACCUUUGGCCUAAAAAAAUUAUUUAUACACACACACACACACACACACACACACACACACACACACACACACACACACAAAAAAGAAAUCCAUCUUCCUUUUCAAAAGCCAAAGAAAAGUGGCUCACCCCAGCUUUUAAAUGUCACGUUUCCUCCCUGAAAACAGACUCCCACUCUCUCCUGCUUUGACGGCUGAAUGACGACUAGUUACCACACGCCGAUUUGUAAAUAGCUUUGAGGAGAACCGCUGACAAUGUGUUUUUAACCGAAAUGAAGCUGUAAUUUCUCUCUUUAAUGUUUUAUAUAUUUUUUUUAACAAUGUACAAAUGGCAGAAAAAGAAGACCUGUAGGAACUCUCCCUGACCCCCCCACUGAGUACGCACACUACAGGGUAUUUGUAUCACAACAUAGUGACGUGCCACAGGUUUAGGAUGUGAAGGUCGGCUGGUGUUUGUGUUGAGGUGAUGGAGGGGGGUGCAUCAUGUAAUAGUUGUAUUAAAAUGACUGACAGCAGAGAAUGAGAUUAUAUGGAUGAUAAUCUGAAACUUUAAGAUGAAAGCCUUUUUAACAGACACAGACGUCACACGAGUAUUGACCCAGAGUAAACAAGGAUUUAUUUUUAUUAUUAUUAUUUUUUAAUGCAGAUGUAUGGGACAUGCAGAGGGCUGGUGCGAACAUCAAAGAUCAGAUGAAUGCAUUUGGAAAUGAAAACGGUGGUACAAUCCAGGCAUUUCUCAUUCUUUUGUAGGAGUUCAGUCAUAUCUUCAGAUUUCAUGCCACGUCUCACUUUAUCUUCCCAGUAGAUGCUGCUCUUUCACAAAACCUUAUCUGCAGUAUCGUAAAAUAAUACAGCGGUUCAGCUCGCGUACAGUCUCGGCCUGUUUCUAUGUGUGUCUGGACAGAAAUAUGUGCCAAAUUAAAGGAAAACAGUUUGUAUCCUUAUGGGAGGUAAAAGAACUUGAUGUUAGUGUUUUAAUCGUCUAUAUCGUAGAGCGAGAGGGUGGAAAAAAAACAUCUCAAACACUGUUUGAUUAAAAUCUUUGUUUUAUUUCAGAAUAUGAUUGUUUUAUAAUGUGAAAAAUCUCUUUCUAAAUCCAAACUGCACCCUACAUUGUUCAGAUUCUCAUGAGGCGGUGAUUCUUUACCACGCGCCGUUUUGAAGUUGAACACAUGCGACUGAGUCAGACCACAAUCUGAACGUGAGCCCAACUUGAAUCCAUUAUUCCUGAUGUUCUACAGCUCCCAGUCACAUCUCCCUCCGCUUGUUGAGAUGCUGUUGGAUGCUCGGAUCUUUGCUGAUCUGUGAUUGGUCUUACUGUAAACAAGGCAAACUAAAGAUUUGUUAUUGUUUAUCUUAAUAUGCACAGCAAUGUUUCAUGUGAAAGUGGGUUAAAGAAUUGGAGAGGAAAGACCUUUGGAGAAGAGUGCAUUAAAGAGGAAAAAUCUUA